AAGGCGCCACAAAAAAUUGGCUUUCAGUUUUUUUUUCCAAUAACAAAAAGUUUUGAAGAUCCGAUCCUUUCACGGCCUUUCACUUCACCAUGGUUAAUUACGUGUUGUUCGAAACAGCUUCCGGCUAUGCUCUUUUCGAGCGUCUUCAGUCCGAGGAGAUCGGUGCCAAGUUGCAAGAAGUCCAGGAUACCGUUCUCGAUCUCGCCAAGUUUGGUAAAAUGAUCAAACUCAAGUCCUUUGCUCCUUUCAAGAGUGCCGCUGACGCUUUGGAAAACGCCAACGACGUCUCUGAAGGUAUUGUCAAUCCUUCGUUGAAGGCCUUUUUGGAAAUGAACAUGCCCAAGUCUAGCAAGAAGAGCAAGGUCGCUCUCGGUGUCGCCGAAAAGAAUUUGGCUGGUGCUAUCAAGGGCGAACUCGGCUACGAAUGCAGUUCCGAUGAAAUGGUCCAAGAAUUGGUCCGUGGUAUCCGUUUGUGGGCCGAUAAGUUGCUCUCCCAAUUGAAGGAGGGUGAUCUCGAAAAGGCUCAACUCGGUCUCGGUCACAGCUACUCGCGUGCCAAGGUUAAGUUCAACGUCAACCGUGCCGAUAACAUGAUCAUUCAAGCCAUCGCCUUGUUGGAUCAAAUGGACAAGGAUGUCAACACAUUCUCCAUGCGUGUCAGAGAAUGGUAUUCGUGGCAUUUCCCUGAACUUGUGAAAAUCGUCAAUGAUAACUACAAAUACGCCAAAUUGGUCAAGAUCAUCAAGAACAAGGCUGAAUUGUCUGAAGAACAACUCGACAGCAUGGCUGAAGUCGUCGAUGGUGAUGAAACGAUUGCCAAGCAGAUCUUGGAUGCUGCUCGUGCAUCCAUGGGUACCGAUAUUUCUCCCGUCGAUAUGAUCAAUAUUCAAAACUUUGCUGACCGUGUCAUCAGCUUGGCCGAUUACCGUCACAAGUUGCACACUUACUUGAUCACCAAGAUGAACUACGUUGCACCUAACCUUGCCGCUGUCAUUGGUGAAGUCGUUGGUGCUCGAUUGAUCUCGCAAGCCGGUUCGUUGACCAAUUUAUCCAAAUACCCAGCCUCCACUUUACAGAUUCUGGGAGCUGAAAAGGCCCUCUUCCGUGCCUUGAAGACCAAAGGAAACACACCCAAGUACGGUUUGAUCUACCACUCGUCCUUCAUUGGCCGUGCUGGCGCCAAGAACAAAGGUCGUAUCUCUCGUUACCUCGCCAACAAAUGCAGUAUUGCCUCCAGAAUCGAUUGUUUCUCUGACAAACCUACCGAUAAGUUUGGUCAAGCUUUAAAGUCACAGGUGGAAGAACGUCUUGCUUUCUUUGACAGUGGUGCUGUUCCCGAGAAGAACAUUGAUGUCAUGCACAAGGUGUUGGCCGGUUUGGAUCUCGAUGAAGACGAAGAAGAGCAAACCGAAGUGGCAGUAGAAAAGACAUCCAAGAAGCGAAAGGCUGACGAUGCCGAAGAAGCUGCUGAGCCCAAGAAGUCAAAGAAGGAGAAGAAGGCCAAGAAGGCCGAAGCCGCAGCAACCGCCGACUCUGGCGAAAAGAAGGAAAAGAAGGACAAGAAGGAGAAAAAGGAAAAGAAGGAGAAGAAGGAGAAGAAAGAAAAGAAGAAGAGCAGCAAAGAGUAAAAAAACAGAAAAAAAAAGAAAGAAUAACAAGCAAAAGCAUCCCUUUUGUUGUAGUCGUUUUCAGUAGUAGUUUUUUUUUCAUUAUUUUUCUUUCAUUUGGUUUUUUUCCAGGAAAAUGUCCCACUUCCUUCAAUGUAAAUCGUAUAUAAACCAUUUUUUUCAGCAUCCUUAGAAUAAAACCCAUAUCGUUUGACUUUAUCAUUUCAUUAUCCUUUUGUGGAGAACUGAGUUGGCAGUGUUUAAUCUCGACCAAGCAAAAGAAAUCAGAAAAUUUUGCUCCCUAUUUGGCUCUUUUUCACCAAUUGUGGUAUUUUCU